CUCUUUUACAGUCAUAAACACGAAAUGCAAUUCCAGUUGCUCGUUCAACUCUACUGAAGUGCCGUCAUGGAACCUCUACUGUAUCAAGGCGCUUCAAACCACGAGGCCUUGCUCAAAACCCAGUAUCUCAAUGCAAAGCUUGCAGACUUGCCAGCUCCGGCUGCCAUUGUUGAUGCCGCGACAGUGAAAAGGAAUUGCAAAUUGAUGCUAGACACAGCGAAUGCAUUGGGUGUGCAGUUCAGAGCUCAUAUUAAAACGCACAAGACGGUGCAAGGUUCGAAAUUGCAGAUUGGCGACCACGGCCCGGUUCGACUAGUGGUCUCUACCGUUGCGGAACUUGAGCAUAUUUUCGCGUGGUUGAAAGAAUGUGUUGAAGCUGGACGAGAAGUCAAUGUGCUGUAUGGAGUACCCGUCUCACCAUCCAGCUUGCCGCGUCUGGCGAGACUGGGAAAAGAGCUUGGCUCAGCGAGCUGUAUCUCAUUCAUGGUAGACCAUCCUGACACUCUCGAAUUGAUUAUGCAACGCAGAGAAAUGUUCUAUGGGAUUAUACCUGUCUUUAUCAAGAUAGACACUGGAUAUGGUCGUGCUGGAGUAAAGCCUUUCUCUAGCACGCUCAAGGCGAUUUGCACCAAGCUCAGAGAACAGUCGACGCGCGAGGUUGUUGAAAUUUUGGGUUUAUACAGCCAUCUAGGGCAUAGCUACGGAUUUUCAACGCCAAUAGAGUCUUUGCAGGGACUUUUCACAGAAUUUGAGACGCUCAAAGCUGUAUCUGAGAACGAAUUCCCAGGAAAACAAGUGACACUUUCAGUAGGCGCAACGCCGACAGCCACUGCAGCACAAAUACUUGUAGAUUACGCCGAAAUUGCAGACGUCGCAAAGGACUCGAGCGACAUCAGAGCACGUUGGAAUGUGUUAAAGCAGUCGGCACAAACUCUCGAGAUUCACGCUGGGGUCUACCCAAUGCUGGAUAUGCAACAGCUUGCCACACAAGCUCGCACGGUGAAUUUGAGCUAUGAGAACAUUGGCCUCAAAAUACUGGUCGAAGUCGCGUCUCUAUACUCAGAGCGCGACAAGCAGGAAGCUUUGAUCGCAGCUGGUUCUCUAGCACUUGGUCGCGAACCGUGCAAAGCGUACCCGGGAUGGGGUAUUGUUAGUCCCUGGUGUUCGAUAGCGUCCCACGGCUCUGGUGAGCAUUACACAUUCGAAGCCCCAGAAGGCUGGAUUGUGGGCAGGAUAAGCCAGGAACAUGGGAUUUUGACGUGGGAGGGGACUACUGAAAAGAAGAGAGAGCUGAAAAUUGGGGAGAAGCUUUUGAUUUGGCCGAACCAUGCCUGUAUAGCUGGGGCGGGAUUCGGAUGGUAUUUCGUAGUUGACUCGAAUGUGGAUGGCGGUGAAACCGUGCAAGAUGUCUGGGUCCGUUGUAGGGGUUGGUGACCGACAAACCUGGCUCGGAAAUCAUGUUACGAAAAGAAGUUAGAUAAGAUCAUACGUAAAGGAACCCCCUCCUCAGUAGUUUGCCAGAAUCGAUUGUAAUCUCUGAAAUCAACA